UGUUUCACUAUGGCGAAGGCGUAAACAUUUUGUGGGGAUGGAUCCAGCAGCGGCAACAGUGAGCACAUUCUCCCCGCUCCUCCUGACAUCGACAGCGGCUGGAUGACGUCGGAAACUCUGCCAUUGCGAGUUUUGUCCCCGGCGAUGAAAAGAGAAGCCGGGGGUGACGCGGGUUGAGAACCGCUACCGCAGAUUCGACAUAUUUGAUGUCCCAUUUUGACAUGGAAGCAGGAUAACAUUUUCCUUCUAAAACGACUUAUUUAAAAAUAAUUUCUUAACACUACCAGUUUCAAACAGCUAGUGGUUGCGUUUUUUUUCUUUCUUUCUUUCUUUUUUUUCUUUUUUAUUUUUUUUUCCUUAGUCGUCGCCCCACAAUGCUGACUGGAUCUAAAAGCACGUUUAAAGUGAGGCAAAUGCUCCCAGACAUUAAGGAAAGGAUGCUGAGUCAGAGCGGGAUGAACGCGAGGAGUCGAGACGUCUUUGGACUUCGUUGUCUUCCAGGCGAGUGUGUGCUGCAGAGAGCGGUCAUGGUGAGGAAGAAGUUGACGGCCAGGGAAGGAAGAGGAUGGCUCUCUGGGACGCUCUUCUGUACACACUUCAGAGUGGCCUUUGUACCUCAAGACGCCCCCAAGCCGGACGAUAAUGCAGACCCAGUUCUUUUAGGAGAUCAUGAUGUCGCUUUGGCCUCCAUAGAGAAGGUUGUGGUUGUGGGCCCCAACAGGACCAAGCUGGUGACCCCCAACUCCUCGCUGAAGUUCACCCCAGAGGAGCUGGUUCUUUACUGCCGUGACCUGCGAGUCAUCUGCUUCCUGUUUGACCGCCUGACCCCUGAUGCGCAAGUCAUCGAGAUGACGCACACCAUUGCCAAAACAUACCAGCCUCUCAAACCAGGGUCGGUUUUAUCUUUCCAGAAUGCGGCUCUCGGUAGCGUAGAAAUGAAGCAGUUUCUUAGCAACCGCCGGCGGGACGCCCACAUGAACUGGUACGAGUCGCCCUCGGACUGGGAGCAGGAAGUGGAGCGAUGCGGCGCCACCGGCUGGAGAGUCAGCUCCGUCAACGACCGCUUUGAGAUGUCCACCAGUCUGCCAAGGUUCCUCGUGGUUCCACAGAAGGUUCUAGACACUGAGCUGAAGAAAAGCUUUGCCCACUUCAAUGACGGACGCAUCCCUCGUUGGUGCUGGCGACACCCAAGAGGCAGCGACCUCCUGCGAAUGUCCAGCUUCCAGAACAACAUCUACCACGAGAAGGACGACAUCAGGAACUUGGAGCUCAUCCUGUUUGGGUGCCAGUCCUCCUUGUGCGUGGUGGUGGAACUGGGAGAAGAGCUGCCCUCGCCGGCCGACAUCCAACUGGCACACGGCCGCCUACGCACUCUCUGUCUGGGAGAUAUCUCCACGUCUGUGACUGUACCGGAUGACAAGUGGCUGUCAACCCUGGAAGGAACUCGCUGGUUGGACUACACCAGGUCGUGUCUGAAGAAAGCGUCUGAGGUGGCCUGCCUUCUUCGCAGUGGUCACAUGACUGUGGCAUUGCAAGAGGCGGAGGACCGGGACAUGAGCUGCGUGGUGUCCAGCCUGGUGCAGGUGAUGUGCGACCCCCACUGUAGAACCCAGCUGGGUUUCCAGAACCUGGUUCAGAAGGAGUGGGUGAUGGCGGGCCACCGCUUCUACAGUCGCAUCAAUUACCACCGCGACAACGACAAAGAGGAGGCUCCGGUUUUCCUGCUCUUCCUGGACUGCGUGUGGCAGCUGUGGUCGCAGUAUCCGUCUCGAUUCCAGCUGACCGAUGACUUCCUGCUGGCUUUGCACGACAGCACGCACUUGCCUCUGUUCUCCAGCUUCCUGGGCAACUGUCAGCGGGAACGAUGCAGGCGUUCCCAGAACUUAGGCCAGUCCUACACGCCAGUCAACGGCUGGCGAGAAACGCAUCAUUCGGAUUGCACGUCAGAGCCGCCAGACCCGCCCCUUCCUCCGGUGUGGGACUGGUCCCUGCAGUACAGCAAGCAGCGGCAAGCACGCUUCACACAGCCCGUACCGGCCACGCCUCCUCUGCAGCCUCUGCUCAAUGGAAACCUCAACACCCACCAAGACACUCACAGGCUGGUGGACGCCAUCCCCGGCUCCGUCUUCCUCCUCUCCCGAGGCGUCUUCUCCUGUCCUGCCAACCUGCUUCCCUGGCGCGGCGGCGGCGGAGGCGGCAGCGGCAGUUCGGGUGUUUACAGGAAGAGCCACCGCAGGGCGCUGUCCUCGGAGAACGUUCCCGGGCUGGAGAGGCUGCUGAAAGCGUGGUCCCUCACCGAGGCCCCUUCGGUCCUCGCUUCCAACUCAGGACUUCAUGGACCGCUGGACCCCUACGAGCCCUUGCUGCCCCUGCUUAUGGGGCCCUGCAUGGGGCUGUGGAGGGAGUGUUACCACCGGGGGGCGCUGCAUGCCCAGGCCUUCUCCCACCCCAUCAGCGCCAACCACCCCCACCCCGUGGAGCGCCUGGCCCAGGAGGUCCAGCAGCUCAAAGACCAGCUGGCUGAGGCCGCCUCCAUCACGCACGCUGACCCGUCCGCCAAGAAGACGACGACGACGGACGAGCCCCGACGAGACGCCAACCUGAAUCAAAACACCAACAACGGUACCUUCCUCUUCCCGGCGUCCAGGCCCCAAGGUGUGGGCGUGGCCACCAGAGCAGCAGCCCCACCCGCAUCCCUCAACCACAACACCACAAGGGUGCCUCACACGCCGCCCGCGGGUACCGCUGCUGCUGCGGUCACCAGGACCGCCUCCAGAGACAACGGUAACAAACACACCUUCCUCUUCGGGCACGCGUCCGCCACGGAGGCCCGUCCGGGACGUGGGAACCCAAAAGUGGCCAAAAGCAACGGCGCCUCCAUCGGUUCCUGAGCUCAUCCGCCGUGACUAAAUGCUUCUAAAAAUGCAAAGAACUUUUUUUUUUUUUUUCUAUAUUUGCAUGACACCUUUCUGAAGAAGAAGAUGUCUCCUGAUGACCCACAAUGCACUUGGAGGAAUGUCACGUCUUUCUCACAAGAACACAAGCUUCUAUUUUUAACUCCAGUGGAAGACGCCAGUGUUAGUCAGGUUAGUCACUUCAAUGGUACGUAAGAUGGACACUUCAUUAGGAACACCUGCACAACGCCGACUAUAGAGUCUAGACCACUGUAGACCAGGUCUGUCCAGAAUCCCAUGUGAAAAAAAAAAGGAUUAUUGGCCUUUUAUGGAAAGCCGGCGGAUUAAAACAAAAAAGUGAAGGCCAAAAAAAAAACAAAAAACGUCCUAAUCAGUUUACUCCAAACAUUACUCACACCGCUGACUUCCCGAUUGUUGUCAUUUCCCAACUAUUCCUCCCAUCCCAACUCAUUCCACGUACUCCGGCAUGAUCAACUUUUUUAUCUGGGAAAAAGAAAAGUCAAAUAAAGUAAAAUUACUCAAGCCACUGAAGACCGCUCAGUAAAAAAAAAAUGUUUCAAUGUAAAACUUUUCACACGACUCAUUAGCCUCAGCUACAUGCUAAUACAUUAGCAUCUGCUAGCUACUUUCGACACGACCGAAAGGACAAGGUAAGGUGGGUAAGACAACAUCGCCCUCCAGUGGUGCAGUUGUUUAUGUGACAUUUCUGGUUAUUUGUUACCCCCCCCCCCCAAAAAAAAAAAUUCAAUCAAAAAAAUCCAAAUUUUGUCAACAAUUUUCCUUAAAUGUUAUCUCUGUUUUCCUACAACAUUGCACGUGACUAUUUUUCUCCCGCAUAGCAUUUCAUUCUUUUUUGUCGAAAAUUUUUGUAACACUUUGAAAAUUCCCAUAAAAUUUUGCCUGUUUUUUUUUUUGUACAUUGUCUCUGUCUUUGUACAAUAUUGCACGUAACAAACUACAGUCAAACUUUGGUUUUCGUGCGGCACACUUUUCGUCUGAUUUGGUAUUUUGUUGAAAAUUUUUGUAACACGUUGGAAAUUCCCAUUAAAUUUUGCCUGUUUUUUGUACAUUGUCUCUGUCUUUGUACAAUAUGGCACGUAACAAACCUUGGUUUUCAUAUGUCACACUUUUUGUAGGAUUUAAAAAAAAAUUUUUUUACUGUUUUUGUUAAAUUUUGCAAUGGCCGUAUGAUAGGAUUUUCAUCGAAAAUUGUUUUGUACACUGGUCUCGGUUUUCGAUAUAUUUCGAGAUAUUGCACAUAACAAACUACAGUCAAACCUUGGUUUUCAUAUGUCCCACUUUUCGUGUGAUUUUUUUUUUUUUACUGUUUUUUUUUUAAUUUUGCAAUGGCCGUAUGAUGGGAUUUUCAGCGAAAAUGUUCGAAAAAUUUUGCCUGUUGUUUUGUACACUGGUCUCGGUUUUCUAUAUAUUUCGAGAUUGCACGUAACAAACUACAGUCAAACAUUGGUUUUCGUGCGGCACACUUUUCGUCUGAUUUUUUUUUUUUUUUUUUUACUGUUUUUGUAAGAUUUUGCAAUGGCCGUAUGAUAGGAUUUUCAUCGAAAAUGUUCCAAAAAUUUUGCCUGGUUUUUUUGUACACUGGUCUCGGUUUUCAAUAUAUUUUGAGAUAUUGCACGUAACAAACUACAGUCAAACCUUGGUUUUCGUGCGGCACACUUUUCGUCUGAUUUGGUAUUUUGUUGAAAAUUUUUGUAACACAUUGAAAAUUCCCAUCAAAUUUUGCCUGUUUUUUGUACAUUGUCUCUGUCUUUGUACAAUAUUGCACGUAACAAACUGCAGUCAAACCUUGGUUUUCAUAUGUCCCACUUUUCGUGUGAUUUUUUUAUAUUUUUUACUGUUUUUGUUAAAUUUUGCAAUGGCCGUAUGAUAGGAUUUUCAUCGAAAAUUGUUUUGUACACUGGUUUCGGUUUUCGAUAUAUUUCGAGAUAUUGCACAUAACAAACUACAGUCAAACCUUGGUUUUCAUAUGUCCCACUUUUCGUGUGAUUUUUUUUUUUUUUUUUUUACUGUUUUUGUAAAAUUUUGCAAUGGCCGUAUGAUAGGAUUUUCAUCGAAAAUGUACAAAAAAUGCUCAUAACAUUUGUUAUUUAAUUCAAAAUUUUAAUGACAUUUUUUAAUGACUUUAUGCUUGGCAUUUUGAAAAAAAAAAUCAUAAAAUUUUGCUGUCGUUUUUGUACUCUGGUACUGUUUUUGUACAAUAUUGCACAUAGUACUGUCAAACCUUGGUUUUUGUACGCUCGAGUUUUUGUACGAUUUGAUUUUGUGUACCUUUUUGUGCACUGUUUUGGUUUUCAUACAAUAUUGCACCUAACAAACGACAGUCAGACCUCGGUUUGGAGGCCCUAGUUUUCUUUUUUUGUACAAAAUUGACAUGAAAUUUGCCUCAGUCGUACGAUUUGCUUCUCAUUGAAAACUGGGUCAAUUUUACCCGGGUUUUUAUACACUGGUGUCUGUUUUUGUUCAAUAUUGCACCUAACAAAACUUGGUUUUCCUACACUCCAGUUUUUGUAUGAUGUUUUUUUUGUGCAAAUUUUUUGGUGAAUUUUGGUCUCGUACAACAUUGGUUUUCCAGUACAUCUCAUUCAUUUU